AGUGCACUUCCUGAGGCUGCUCUCCAUGUCUGGGCGGAGUGUGGACGUGGCAAACCCUGAGAAGCCCAAUUUUUACUUCAUUUCCGGUAGGAACUGGAGACGACGCUUUCUGGAAGCGGACGGGAAGUGCGUGAAGGAGCCGGAACCGGAGGAGGGAGAACCAGUCUGGGGAUGUACACAAGAUGAACGUAAACCAGCCACCUCAUUUAGCUACACCUUAUAUGCAGCCCCUUCCCCAAGGAUACCAACAGCCAGGCUACGGAGGGCAGCCAAUGCCGGGGGGGCCGCAUUAUCCUGGGUAUAAUGGGCCUGUACAAGCUUACCCACAACAUGUACCAGCACAAGGUUUCUCUUCUAGUUCGGGAUUCCCCCACAAAGGGUCUCCUGAUUCUUUCACUUCUGGCACUUCUUCUCCUAUUACAUCUCACUAUAUCGGUCCUGUGAGAUCUCCACCGACAUCGGGUGCCCCAGCUGCAUCAGGAAUUUCUCCUCCUUCAGAGCAGAUGCAGUACAACCAGUAUGGCGGCCAGGGUGACAUGCAGAAUGGACCAGCGUCAUUAAGCAAUCAAAUGCAGAGACAACCUGUGUCUCAACCAUAUAUUCAAACGGGAACUCUUCCACAAGCAACUAAUUUUCAGCAAUACCCUCCAACCUCAACCAGUACACAGCAAUUAACUAGUCAAAUGAUGGGCAUGCAUAUUGGUGGUGUGCCUGCACCUGCCACAUCUGCUCCACCAACGACAAUUAGCUUUGGUUCACAGAGUUCUCUUCCACCAUCCUCUGGAAGUUUUCCUGCCCCUGGGUCAGGUUCUUACAACCUAUAUUCUAAUCAAGGUCCAGCUGCUAUGAAUUUGUCCCAAGGAAUGCCUCCCACUAGUUUACCGCAAGCCCAGCCACCUCCAAACCAACAAUAUAGUGGACCCCAUCCUCCACAGCGCCUUCCUACUCCACAAGGUUUUCCUUCUCAACCAGCUGCACCAGUCUCUCACUAUCCCCCACCAAUUUCAGGAGGUCCUCCACCUCCAGGACAGCCACCAUCUGGACCACCUUUAUCUCAAACGAACAAUAUAUCACAAACUCAAAACCAGCCAGCUGUUCCUGGUAUGAUGCCGGGUCCUCAAGGUCCCCCUCCUUCAAUGCCACCACCCGGACAGGGAGGAUUUCCUCUUCAGCAGAACGGUUCCUUCGGGCCUGUUAGGGGCCCACAGCCUGGAUAUCCUACAGCCUAUCCUCGUGCUCCCAAUUAUGGCAACCAGCCUGGACCACAGGGCCCCCCUGCCCCACCUCCUCCUGCACAAAAGAGGUUGGAUCCAGACUCCAUCCCCAGCCCUAUCCAAGUAAUAGAAGAUGAUAGAACUAACAGAAGUUCUGAGCCUUUUAUCACCGGACUGAGGGGGCAAGUUCCACCGCUAGUUACUACCAGCUUCUUUGUCAAAGAUCAAGGAAAUGCAGGUCCACGUUAUAUAAGAUGUACAUCAUACAACUUUCCGGCUACUUCAGAUAUGGCUAAGCAGUCCCAGGUUCCACUUGCGGCUAUUAUUAAACCACUUGGAACAUUACUACCAGAUGAGGCCCCUCCUUGUUUGGUUGAUCAUGGCGAGACUGGACCCAUUCGCUGUAACAGAUGUAAAGCCUACAUGUGCCCUCACAUGCAGUUCAUUGAGGGUGGGAGAAGAUUCCAGUGCUGUUAUUGCAGCUGUGUCACUGAAGUUCCACCUAACUACUUUCAGCACUUGGAUCACACGGGGAAGAGGGUAGAUUGUUAUGAUAGACCUGAACUUUCAAUGGGAUCCUAUGAAUUCACAGCAACGGUUGACUACUGCAAGAAUAAUAAAUUCCCCAACCCCCCUGCCUUCAUCUUCAUGAUUGACGUUUCAUACAAUGCUGUAAAGAGUGGUUUGGUUGCACUGGUCUGUGAGGAACUGAAACAGCUCAUUGAUUAUCUGCCCAGGGAAGGUAACAUGGAAGAAUCAAUGAUACGGGUUGGCUUUGUGACCUACAACAAAGUUCUUCACUUCUAUAAUGUGAAAAGCUCCCUGGCACAGCCACAGAUGAUGGUCGUGUCUGAUGUGGCUGAUAUGUUUGUUCCCCUGCUGGAUGGAUUUCUUGUAAAUGUGAAUGAAUCAAGGGCGGUCAUUACCAGUUUGCUAGACCAGAUUCCAGAGUUGUUUGCAGACACCAGGGAAACGGAGACUGUUUUUGCCCCUGUUAUUCAAGCUGGUCUGGAAGCACUGAAGGCAGCAGACUGCGCCGGCAAGCUUUUUGUUUUUCACACAACUCUUCCGAUUGCUGAAGCGCCAGGAAAGCUGAAGAACAGAGAUGAUAAAAAACUUCUCAAUACAGAUAAAGAAAAGACCUUAUUCCAGCCUCAAACAACAUUUUAUAAUAAUCUGGCCAAGGACUGUGUUGUUCAGGGCUGUUGUGUGGACCUUUUCCUCUUUCCAAACCAGUAUAUCGAUGUGGCCACACUCGGUGUUGUUCCCUACCAGACUGGGGGCUCCAUUUACAAAUACACAUUUUUCCAGAUGGAAACUGAUAAGGAGAGGUUUUUAAACGAUCUGCGCAGAGAUGUCCAGAAAGACAUUGGCUUUGAUGCAGUUAUGCGGGUCAGAACUAGCACUGGCAUCCGGGCAACUGACUUUUUGGGGGCUUUUCACAUGAACAACACCACAGAUGUUGAACUGGCAGGGUUGGAUUGUGAUAAAACAGUAACUGUUGAAUUCAAGCAUGAUGAUAAACUGAAUGAGGAUGUUGGUGCUCUUCUUCAGUGCGCUAUAUUGUACACCAACUGUGGAGGUCAGCGUAGACUACGUAUACACAAUAUGGCUUUGAAUUGUUGCACACAGUUGGCAGAUUUAUAUAGAAACUGCGAGACGGACACACUUAUCAACUACUUUGCCAAGUUUGCUUACAGGGGAGUUCUAAAUAACCCAACCAAGACUGUUCGAGAUUCCAUGAUCAAUCAAUGUGCACAGAUCCUGGCCUGUUAUCGCAAGAAUUGUGCCAGCCCUUCUUCUGCUGGACAGCUAAUCCUCCCAGAAUGUAUGAAGCUGCUUCCAGUCUACCUGAACUGUGUACUUAAAAGUGAUGUGUUGCAGCCUGGUCCUGAGGUGACCAUCGAUGACAGGGCCUAUGCCCGCCAGCUCGUUUCUUCCAUGGAUGUUGCGGAUAGCAAUGUAUUUUUUUACCCAAGACUUUUGCCUUUUUCCAAAGUAGAUCCCGACAGCGAUUUUCCGCCCGUGGCUAUCCGAACCUCAGAAGAACGCCUCUCCAAGGGCGAAAUUUAUUUGCUUGAGAAUGGCCUGAAUUUAUUUAUCUGGGUUGGUGCAAAUGUACAGCAGGCGCUUAUCCAGAACAUUUUUGGUGUUUCUUCUUUUAGCCAGAUAGACUGCAACGUGAGUGCUUUACCAGUCCUGGAUAAUCCUGUCUCAAAUAAAAUGCAUGCCAUUAUCAGAAUGUUCAGAGCACAGAGACCGCGAUACAUGAAGUUGCUGAUCAUCAAGCAGGAUGACAAGCUUGAGAUGUUUUUCAAGCACCUAUUGGUAGAAGACAAAAACCUAAAUGGAGGAGCUUCCUAUGUAGAUUUCCUGUGUCACAUGCACAAGGAGAUCAGACAGCUUCUAAGUUAGAGGUAGAUGACAUGGUGGCUCCCACCUUCAGUGACAUUGGAGAUAUUAUGCUAAUCACCUUGGUCUUUUUACUAUGCUACUACAAACAGGACACCAGAUAACAGAUGUGCUUUCUUUCUGAUUGAUCCGCCCUUGUCUUUAUUUUAAGUGGCUCCUUCCUUCACAGCCUUCUCUGCCUUUCCCUAAAUUUACAGAAAAAAAUUUAAAUGGAAUUGUUUACUUUAGAAAAUGGCUCUUAAUGGAGACCUGUUAAAUAUUUUCAGACAUAAUAAACAAUGAAACAAAGUUCUGUCUAGAAAUCCAUUUAUGCCGAAGACCGUACAGGUCACUAAGUAGGCAUCCACUGCGACUUCUAUUAUACAAAGGGAUUUUUAACUGUGGGAGUAGUAAAGCUAUGAGAAUCUGUGGAUUGAAAAGAAAUGAAGUGAAUGGAUUGCUGUAUUUAUACAAUAACGAUGAUGAAUCUCUAAUUGGAAACAUCACUUUAAUGUGUGUUCUUUAUGCAAUUCUGUAAAAUGUGGAACCUCCCAAACUAAAUUAUUAAAAUGUAAUAGUUUUUAAAGAUUGUGAUAUAUGACCCUGCAGUUUAGAAAAGUAAUGUAUGUCCCAUAAGCAUGAUUUCAGAUCAGCGUCCCUUCCCAUGGAAAUAAAUUUCUCCUUUUAGAUUCAGAAUAGGCUUUUACAUGAGGGGUAAGUGUUUGGGCCGGCUGCCCAGUAGAAAUCAGAGCAUUCAUUCCUUGACUGCUCCAUUCGCCAAUUACAUUUCAGAUUAUUGUCAUAGAGGAAAGCAUGGGUGGAAGAUCUGCCUAAAACGGAUGGAGAAAACUAGAACAAUGGAUUCCUACAGGAAUAAUUCUGUACACAAGAAGUAUAGCAUAAUGGCUAGAUGGUUGAUGAAGAUCUCCACUUGUUAUGUACACACAGCUCUCGGGAAAAGAUGGCCGUAUAUUAUGGAUAUCAGCACUGAGGAAGUUCCUGAACCUGUGUGUUAUGCUACAAAAAAAUGGAGACUAUAUGUAUGUAUUUCUUUAGCUUGUGGUGUUUUUAAGGCUUUAAUGUUGGGGACAAAAUAAAAAUCGGAUAGAUUUUGUAUUUUGUUUUUAGCUAAAAUUGUCUGAAUACGGGAAGGUGAAUUGAUUUAAGGUUGCCCUUUGCGUUGUCUUAUACGUUCUAAAAAGAGAGGCAAUGAGCUGGCGCACGCCUUAAGUAUUCCGCAUUCCGUGCCCCAUACCAUGUUUGCUGCCAGCUGUCCUGCACGUGUCGCUUUGUUUAGUGGAAGGGACAAUGAUCUCUGAGAAGAGCCAUGCUCAGAUGAAGAGUCGUCUUCAAAGGAAACAUCUGUUGCUUAUGAAGUCCUACAGAAGUUUAUUUAUGUUAGAGGACUGUCAGUAUUUCCCCCAUUAUAACAAGCAUUAAAAAAAACACCUAGAUCCCUCAGUAAAAGAGCAAGGUCUUAGCAGCCUUGUACCAGUGCUUAGUAUUAAUUGCUGUGCUGAUUUAAAGAUGGAACAAUAUAAAUUAUAUAUUAAAAAUCUUUUCAUUUUUUUUUCUUGUUUGUUUUGCCAUUGUAUCUUUAAAUUUGUAAAGAAAUAAAUACAGAUCCUUUUUUUAGUUUGAA